AUGCAUGGGAGGGUUUGUGAAGAGAGGAGCAAAGGUCAUCGUCGUCGGCAUAUGUUUAGAGCUCCUUCGCGUGUAAUUGUGAGCGCUGAGGCUGUUGGUUCUUCGUCUCUCUCUCUUUCUUCUCCUACUUCCUUCUCUAAGGACGGACGCAGGAUUAGUGUUGGUGACUGUGCACUCUUUAAACCACCUCAGGAUUGUCCUCCGUUUAUUGGUUUGAUUCGUUUGGUCAUUCCUGAUAAAGAAGGCAAGUUAAAGCUGCGUGUGAAUUGGCUGUAUCGUCCUGCAGAGCUAAAACUUGGCAAAGGCAUCCUUUUGGAAUCUCAGCCGAACGAAAUCUUUUAUUCCUUUCACGAGGAUGAGAUUCCGGCUGCAUCCUUACUGCACCCGUGUAAAGUUACCUUUCUUCCAAGAGGCGUUGAACUGCCGUCAGAGAUCUCUUCAUUCGUGUGCUGGCGAGUUUAUGAUGUUAUGAACGACUGUAUCUGGUGGCUCACUGAUCAAAACUAUAUCGAUGAACGACAACAAGAAGUAGAUAGAUUAUUGUGUAAGACUCAUUCCGAGAUGCAUACGACAUUACAGCAGGGUGGUCGUUCCCCUAGUUCAACGAAUAGUCCGACGACAUCGCAAGUGAAAACGGGAAGGAAGAGGGAACGUGGUGAUCAGAGUUCCGAAUCUGUGAAACGGGAACGUCGGAUUGAUGAUAGUGGCUCUGGUUUCCUAAGGACAGAAAGUAGUUUGAAAUCUGAGAUUGCAAAAAUUACUGAGAAAGGCAGGCUGGUGGAUUCUGAAGGGGUUGAGAGAUUGGUGCAGCUCAUGCUGCCUGAGAGGAAUGAGAAGAAAAUAGACUUGGCUGGACGAUCAGUUCUUGCAAGUGUUGUAGCGGCGACAGAUAAGUUUGAUUGCCUCAGUCGUUUUGUCCAGCUCAGGGGAUUACCUGUUUUUGAUGAGUGGCUUCAGGAAAUUCAUAAAGGGAAAAUUGGGGAUGCGAGCAGUCCUAAAGACAAUGAUAGACCAGUGGACGAUUUUCUCUUGAUCUUACUUCGUGCUCUUGACAAGCUUCCGGUGAAUCUCAAUGCUCUUCAGACCUGUAAUAUUGGAAAGUCUGUUAACCAUUUGAGGUCACAUAAGAACCACGAAAUCGGGAAAAAGGCAAGGAGCUUGGUUGAUACAUGGAAGAAACGUGUUGAGGCAGAAAUGGAUGCAAAGUCUGUAUCCAAUCAGGGUGCGUCUUGGCCUGGAAGACCUCGUCAGUCUGAAGCUUCUCAUGGCGUUAGACAUUCAGGUGUAUCCGCUGAUGCAACCAAGACAUCAUCAUCACAUCUACAUCCUUCUAAGUCUGUGUCCGUCAAAAUACCGUCAAGAACAGCAUGA